CAGCACUAAAUGGUUACACAAAUCUACUUAGAUGAGCACUGAUUGCUGUCACUGCAUCUAUCACCUGCAGCAGGACCAUUAAGUGAAAGAUGGGCAGCACAAAAGGAGCCCACGAAGAAUUGGAAGUGCCACACCACGUAAUUCAAGAUAACAAGGUGCCCCAUGCAGUACAAGAAGAUGCAGUUCACAUUCCUAAAACAGAUGCAAUAACUUUGACCUCUUCAGUGGUCCAAAUGGAAAUGCCUGCUCUACACCAGGUGCCAAGCAGCCCAACGGUUCACAAUGAAGUCUGGAAGAAAGGGGGUCGCUUGUUGUCUGCACUGCUGGCCAUUAAUGUUGGUCUGAUAGCCUGUGUUCUUGUUAGCAGUGGCUCCUUAGAAGAGGUCAUAGUACAGGACACAGAAGUCCUUGCCUUCCUUGUUUUUCUAAUGCUGCUCUCCACUGUCUGGAUGAUAUUCCAAUUUUACUUCUCAUGCCGAAAAAAUGCAGUUCUCUAUAAAGAUUCCCAUGCAGGACCGGUGUGGCUGAGAGGUGGUCUGGUGUUUUUUGGGAUCUGCAGUCUGGUUUUAGACGUAUUUAAGAUUGGAUAUUACAUAAGCUAUAUUGAUUGUGAAUCACCAAUUAAACUCAUUCAUCCUAUGGUGCAGAGUGCCUUCAUCAUUCUCCAGACAUAUUUUCUCUGGGUGUCCAGCAAACACUGUGUUCAGAUUCACACCAACAUUUCCAGAUAUGGCCUUAUGUUGGUACUUAUAACCAACCUCAGUAUCUGGAUGGCUGCAGUAACAGAUGAGUCUGUUCACCAGACCCGAGACUUGGAGGAUGAUUUAAAGGAGUUGACUAGCACAAGUGGAUACCAUGAACACAGAGAUUCUAAUGGAGCACAUGGUCAUACCUGCCGCUGCAGUAAUCAUUUGUGCCACAUCUUUCAGACGGGAUAUUACUACCUUUAUCCAUUCAACAUAGAGUACAGCCUGUUUGCUUCAGCCAUGACAUAUGUUAUGUGGAAGAACGUUGGACGACAGAUGGAUGACACCAUGCCUUGCCACCAUCGUCUUAGCCCAUGCUUCUGCUUUCAUAGUAUUUUUGUGGGCCUUAUCAUGGGAUGCAUAGUCCUUCUUGGUGGAAUUGUGGCUCUUGUUACAUACAAAGUUAAAGUAAACCUAGCAGAUAAAAGCUACAAGGCCCAUAUUAUGUUCUAUUCAUUUAACAUUGUGGUCCUCAGCCUUAUGUCCAUGGGCUCACUCGCUGGGUCAAUCAUAUACAGAUUUGACAAAAGACACAUAGAUGGUCAAAAAAAUCCAACACGUACUUUAGAUGUUGCCUUACUCCUUGGCGCAGCAUUGGGCCAGUAUUGUAUAUCCUACUAUUCAAUAGUAGCCAUGGUGGCUACCUCUCCAGGGGAGCUACUCAAUGUUUUGAAUCUUCUUUACUCUCUCCUUAUGAUCAUACAACUUACACUACAGAAUACAUUUAUUAUUGAAGGGCUUCAUCGAGAACCAUUCACAGAUGAGGCUAUGGAGCCACCAAAAGAACUUAUCUACUCAAAUGAGGCGGUAGUUCCUACACUGCCUGAUGGAGUACCUCAGGAAUCCACAAUACCUGUAACAAACAACGUUGAGAAUACAAUGCACACGUCAGAAAAUCAAACAUGGAAUCUGAAAAGAAGACUCGUUCAGGAAAUAUCACUUUUUCUACUGCUAUGCAAUGUUAUACUUUGGCUCAUGCCAGCCUUUGGUGCUCGUCCUCAGUUAAAGAAUAAUCUCGAGUUGAGGUUCUAUGGACCUACAGUAUGGACUAUAAUCACCAAUAUCAGCCUUCCCUUCGGCAUUUUCUACCGCAUGCAUGGAGCUGCCAGUCUUUUGGAAGUAUUCAGGAUGUCCUAACGCAUGAAAGUCUGAGAGCACACAAAAAAAUAAUAAUAUAAAAGAUAUAGAAUACACCCAGAUUGUACAAUGGAACAUGUAGAAAUAUCUAAAUGGGAAGAA